AUGUGUGAUUUUUUAGGAACAAAACUUACAGAUUAUAAAUUAAAUGAUAUAAAAAAAGAGUUUAGUAAAAAAACAAAACAUUAUGAUGAAUAUGAUUUUUAUGUAUAUUACAAAAAUUUAUUAGCUUCUGAAAAAAGAAAAAAAGAAAGAAAGGAACAAAAGAAAAGGAAAUACUCAACUGAACAAGAAAAAGAAGAUGAAUUUAAACCUUGUAAUUAUAUAUCGAGUAUAUAUAAAAGAGUAAAAAAUAUAGAAAGAAAAAAUAUAUAUGAUUAUAUUGAUGAAAAUGAUAAUAUAUAUGAAGAUAUUGUUACUAAUCGAAAUUAUAGAGAAGAUCAUAAUUUUACAGAUGACAUAACAUUUACCUUUUUUAAUGAAAAUCUUUCCUAUACUUUAUUGAGAAAUAAUAAUUACAUUGAUGGUAUUCCCAUUGGUGUCAAUGUACAAAUAAAAAAGGAUAUACAAAAAAAACAAUCUGAUAAUGACCAAAUAUAUUCACAUAUUGAAAAUAAUGAUGAACACAAAGAAAUAACCCAAAAGGAAUUCAAAAAUGAAAGUGAAAAUAAGUAUAAAGAGACGAAAGGAAAUAAUAAAAUAAUUGGACCUCAAAUGCCUCAUAUUUUUGAAGAAAUGAGAAAACAACUGAAAAAUGAAGAAUAUCAUAAUAUUAAUCAGGAUAAUAUAGAAGCUUAUGAAAAUGAAUAUGUCAAUAUUUUAUCUUAUCAAAAUUAUAUGAUAUCAAUUAAAAGGAAGGAACAAAAAGAAUACGAAAGAUAUAUACGGUUAACGUAUAUACCCAAAAAUAAUUUUGAAGGGGCUUUUUAUGUAAAGGAUAAAAAUGAUAUAAAAGAAAUAAAGAAUAAUGAAUUUAACUUACUUACACGUGAUUUUUUAUAUAAUAAGAUGAUUGAUAACUAUGAUAUAGAAGAUGAACAUGAAAAUAGAUGUAAAAAAAAUAAAUAUGGACAGAAUAAUAAAUAUGUUGAAAAUAAAUCCAAUAAUAACAUUUAUGAUAAUAAUAUUUAUGAUAAUAAUAUUUAUGAUGAUAAUAUAUAUUCAAAUAAUUAUUUAAAAAGUGAAGAAAGUAUCUCCUUGGAUAAUAAAUCAUAUGAUUCCGAUUUUGGAAGUGUAAAAAGAAGAGAAAAAAAUAAGGAAGACACACAUUUUGUAUUAUAUAAAAAUAAUUUUUUAAUAAAAGAACAAGAUAUAUAUAUAUAUUAUAAAAAAUAUUAUGAAUCCCUUUUUGAAAAAAUAAAUAUAGACAAAACACAUAAAAAUAAAGAUUCCGAACAUUUUAAAGAAAUAUAUGUACUUUAUAAUAAAUUGUUAAAUUUAAAUAAAGACGAAAUAUUAUUAACACAAAAUGAGUUGAUCAAUUUAUACGUUCCGAAAAAAAGUUGGACACAAUUCAAUAGUUCACAAAAUAAAAAUACUGAUAAUAUGACAUAUCAAAAAUAUGAACUGAAGAACCAAAUAAAUUUUAAUAAUGACUUAAAAAAAAAAAAUCGAUUUUAUUUUUUUUGUAAAAUGAACGAAAAUAAAAAUGUAAAAAUUAAAAAUAUAUUUAGUAUAAAAGAAAUGGAUGAAUUCAAAGAUUUAAUAAAAAAGUUUAAAACUUAUGAUCCUGAAUUCUAUAUUAAUGAAAUUAUAAAUGAAGAUUUAAAUACAAAUUUUCAAAUAUGCGAUUAUGAAUUUUCUAAAGUUAUAUGCGAAAAAUUAAAUAUUAAAAAUAAGGAUUAUAAGGAUAAUGAACAAAAUGAUGAAAAACAGGAAUCAAAAAUAAUUGAUGAUUUUUUAAAAAUUCCACAAUUUGUUUUUAAAUCAAUAUUUUGUUCUUAA